UCCCACCAGCCGGUGAUGGAGGUCUCGGCUAGGCUCCGCCCGCCGCCCGCCGCCUCGACGGCGCCGCCCCGCCACGGCAGACGGUCCCUGGGGCGGUUUCUCCCGUCGGCCCGCCCCGCCCCCCGCGCAGUUUCCACCAAGAUUAGAGCGAGUGCAGUUAAUGGCCUGCAAAGAAGCAAGAGUAACCUCGAAAAACUAUUCUGCUAUGACAAAUCUGUUUCAGAGGAGGAUAUUGGGACACCAACUGGUUUAGACUUGGAAAAGAAGGAAGUUGGGAAGAAUCCUCCUUGUGUGAGCUGUGAAACUAAAGGCGCUGUGUUGUGCAGAACUUGUGCUGGUUCAGGUUUGUACGUCGACUCGAUAAUGGAGAGCCAAGGAAUUAUCGUAAAAGUCAGAUGUCUAGGCUGUGGAGGAACUGGAAACAUUAUGUGCUCCAAAUGCGGAGGUCGUGGACACACGUGAAGUGCGGAAGUUUGUGAUUCUCGCAAACAAAAGAAUGUAAUUCAAGUAGCAUCUUCUUCGUGUACAUCGGCCAGGGUUACAAUGCUUCCGCAGCAAAGAGGUUUACAGUUGAAAGUCAGUUGGGAUUUGGGCUUGUGCAAGACGAGCAAAGAGAAGCAUAACGUAUAAACAAUGUCGCUGUACUAAAUCAUCUGGUGCUGAGUCAGCUGCUCCAGCUUGUGUCCGUUUCUGUUCGAACAUCCGACAUUAUUUUGUACUAUUCAAAAGGAUCUCUGUUAUGUCA